AUGUCACUGGAUGUCUUCAAGGUCCCUUUCAACCUCAACAAGAGCCGUCGUGCGACCUGUGCAGCCUCGGAUCUUAAGCGGAUGCUGACCAUCAAAACUUCGUCUGUCUUGGUCAGACGUCAGCAGAAAAAGGCGGAUGAUCAGAGUGACGGUAGCAACAAUGGAGUAAAUAACCACGACGGCCCUGUGGAUGAGAUUUUGAAGACUUCUCGAUAUCAUCCUGAUGAACAAGUGAUGGAUCGUCAGGGCGAUGAUGAUGGGCAACAGUAUCAGAACUUUGCUCAAGAUGGACAGGCGAUGGAAGACGAGGAUAGCUACCGAUACCAACAUCAACAUGCUCACCACCAAUACAGCAAUGAUGCGGCGGAAGAGUCUUUCAACCCGUUCGUACAACACCACAACAACCACAAAGGACACGGUCAAGACAUAGCAGCACAUCCCUUCGACUCUGCACCUGAUCAGGAUACAGACCCAUACCGCCAACCGUUCCAGGCAACAGAUCGACCCAUCAAUAUAGACGAGAAGAAAUCCACGAACAUGACGCGUCGCCGAUAUAGCGUCUUCUCCGACUGGUCGAUUGAAGACUGUCCACGCCUUUUGGCUAUGCAGCAGCGACAACAGCAGCAGCAGCGGGAGGAGCAGGAGCAGCUUGAUCGACUGUAUCAGGGUAUGUCGUCAUCGCAGACAAUGUUGGCUCGCUCUACGACAGACACGAGUCUAGGUCAGACCUACGACAUUACACAACAUCGGCGCCACACAACAAUUGCACACACCCAUCAUCCUUCACCCGAAUCCUCAACACCAGCUCCACCACCUGCAGCAGUGGCUUCUUCAGGGAUGACAGGACGACCGCGCAGGAACACGGUCAUCCUUGGCAAGAACCUGAUCCGAUCCGCAACAUCAGCAGCAGGUCCCAACCAUCGUCGUCCCAACCCAGAGACUGCGUCCCUCAAAUCAACGACCUCUCGACAUCCCGCGACAACAGAUGCCUACACUGCAUCCCUCCAACGCCGCCAACUGCGACAACAACAGCAGCAACAGCAACAGAAACAGCAUGAGCAUGGGAAUGGCCAGCUACGACAACCUGUAGGAAGGCCUGAGUCCUCACAUUCGUACAAGCACGACUUUUUGAAGGACACGGCAAAGUGGAAACCGCACCCUUGGACAGUAGCCUCGUCUUCGUAUUCCAGUGCCUGUUCGAGCCCCUCGUCUCCUCUUCACCAGAGCAGGUUUCCACAUGAGUUGGGUCAUGAGGAGAGUGAUCAAGACGACUCUGAUGAAAGUAGUAGUGAAGACGACGACAGUGGCAGUAACAGCGACAGCGAGGAAGAUAGUGAGGAUGAUGCCGAGCCGCUGUACCACGAUAUGAAAGCGAUCCAAAUGAAACCCUAUGGCCAUGAGGACGACGACGACGAUGGUUACAGUAGAUUCGAGCAACAGGCAGGCCAGGAGGAUGUGGGUCCUCAAGAGCAGGGAUACGAGGACGGCAGUGGCGGCAAUUAUGGUUACUAUGACGAUUCGUUUCAAUGGCACCCCUACAACUACGAUCAACAACCUGACUCUACAGGCGGCUAUUACGAGUCACCAUCUUCAUCGGCCGCCGCGUUCUCGGAGUCCACAACAACACCUUCCAAGGCCCAGUCCCAGGACAGUCUCGCCAAAAAAGCCAGCCUUGCCAAAGCCAAGUUCUACAAGUACCUCAGCAAAUCCGCCACCACAACCUCUCCUUCCUCCUCCUCACAACACAACUACCAUCCAUUAGACAGCGGUGACAGCGACCUCGAAACCACCAGCCAUCACCACUACCAGCAUGGCUUCUACGAAGCAGAAGUAGACAACUACGACCACGACAGCAGCCAUCACCAAUUCGGAUCAGGAUACUCGUUCACGUCGUCAUUGAGAGCCCGCGUGCGGUUGACAAAGACCAAGACAGUGCUUCGACAAGUCAAGCGGCGGUUGAGUGAGGCUCUUUCGGAGGCGACUACUAAGGCAGCUAGUACUUUGAGACAUGAUCUGCAUAUUGGCAAGAAAUUUGGUCCUGGCCCUGUUGGGAUGAAUGGGGUGGUUGAGAUGGAGAGUAGUUCUUCUCAGGGACAGGAACACCUUGCCCAGACUAGCCGGUAG